AUGCUGCUUGAGGGGAUCUGGAAGGGGAACAAGCUGGUGGAGAUCAUCCGCAAGAUCGAAGGAACUAUCAUGAUCGAGUUCAAGCGAAACGGUGACAAUACCAUCGCUUCGAAUCGAAUUCCCCUGUAUGUGGGUGAAUUCGUGUAUGAUGAAUCGAAAGAAUCGUUUCUUCGAAAUGGUCGAGGAUACUGGAUCGAUGAAGAAACUCGGAUUGCUACUCGCGAAGUGGAAUGGAAAGAUGGAGUGGAAGUGAGUGGAAGAGAUCUCUAUGAUGGAUGGCAUAUUCAUUCACUCACUCACUCAAUAUUACUUGUUUAUUUUAUACUAUUGCUAUGUUAA